CGAGCUGUGUGUAGAGCGGGGUUUGACAGCUGCAAGCUCAGCAGCAGCCCCGGCGGCGGCAGCGCAUGGCUAGCGCGAGGGGAAUCGCAAGCGGUGCAGUGUCCCGACGCGUGUGAUCGCUGCGCGGGGAGAAUGUUAUACACACGCUGCUCCUCCUCCGCUGCCACCACCUGCCCAGGCUUCCCCCUCACCUGACCCGCCAGCUAAACAUGCAACCCGGCACCUGCUAAAUCAGUAAUGUACUAGAAUGUCAGCGCUGAAAAAGGAUUUCACAUCCUCUGAAGUGCGAGUGUAACCACUGCAAGUUCAUCCACUGCUGCUACUUGUGAAUGCCUGCAACAUGCACAAGGCUCAGACAUUAUGGGGACAACUCAGAUUCUGCCUGGCAUUUUGCAGAAGCAUUGCUGUAUUUUACCAGACAGGAAUACAGAGUCACAGUGUACACUCUGUGGUGAGCCUGAAGGUUUGGAUUCUCUAACAGGGCAUGCAUUUCCAGAAGAAGAGGGUGGCGAUCUGCUCAAGUCGGGGAUCAGUUUUCCGGGGACGACAGAGGAGGAGCUAGACCAGCAGUACUCCUGGUCACCUUCUCAGCACUUCAAUGAAGAAAGAUUCUCGCCUGCUCCGAGGAACAUGAAAGGAUUAUCUGGUAGUCGCAACCAACCACAAUUAUGUUCUGCUCAUACUUAUGGUUUAGCAUCCCCUGAAGAUUGUGAACACACCCAUGAUCAUAUCCACCAUGGGCAGGAGCCAAGGCAAUCAUAUCUUCUCAGCCCUACAGAAAGCUGCCCACUGGACCAUCAUCGCUGCUCACCGCGAAGCUCCAUCCAUUCAGAAUGCAUGAUGAUGCCUAUGGUUAUGGGCGAUCACAUGUCAAGUAGCACUUUCCCCAGAAUGCACUACAGCUCACAUUACGAAACGAGGGACGAUUGCGCCAUGUCUCACGCUAACCCGAAGAUUAACCGAAUUCCUGCCAAUCUCCUGGAUCAGUUUGAGAAACAACUUCCUCUCCACAGGGAUGGGUUUCACACUUUACAAUAUCAGAGGACCUCAACAGCUGCAGAACAACGCAGUGAAAGCCCAGGAAGAAUACGCCAUCUUGUUCAUUCAGUCCAGAAACUUUUCACUAAAUCUCAUUCUUUGGAAGGAUCAUCCAAAGGCAAUGUCAAUGGGACAAAGGGGGACAGUCGAGGGGACGACCAUCAUCAUGGACAUCAUUCCAAGCACAGCAAAAGGAGUAAAAGUAAGGAGCGAAAACCAGAGAGCAAGCAUAAAUCUGGUAUGAGUAGCUGGUGGAGCUCUGAUGAUAAUUUGGACAGUGAUAGCACUUAUCGCACACCUAGUGUGAUUAAUAGGCAUCAUGUAGAUCAUAUCUCCCACUGCUACCCUGAAGCUCUCCAGGGGCACUUUGGAGAUCUCUCACUAAAGACUUCCAAAAGUAACAAUGAUGUGAAAUGUUCUGCUUGUGAAGGGCUAGCAAUGACCCCUGAUGGUAAAUACAUGAAAAGGAGUUCUUGGUCUACACUUACAGUAAGCCAGGCUAAAGAAGCUUAUCGCAAGUCAUCACUUAACCUAGAUAAGCCUCUGGUUCAUCAGGAAAUCAAACCUUCCUUGAGGCCGUGCCAUUACCUUCAGGUGCCUCAAGAUGAAUGGGGAGGGUACCCUGUUGGCGGUAAAGACGAGGAGAUCCCCUGCAGGAGAAUGAGAAGUGGGAGUUAUAUUAAAGCCAUGGGAGAUGAGGAAAGCGGAGAUUCUGACACUAGCCCUAAAACAUCACCAAAGGUAGCAGUUCGACCAGAGUCAUUAUUAAAAUCCAUUGGACAGAGACCACUUGGAGAUCACCAAAAUCAGAGCUACCUUCAAGCUGCAAGUGAUGUGCCUGGGGGCCACAACAUGGAUCCCUCCGCAAACUACAAUUCCCCAAAGUUCCGCUCAAGGAAUCAGAGCUAUAUGAGAGCAGUGAGCACACUCAGUCAGGCCAGCUGUGUUAGUCAGAUGAGUGAAGCAGAGGUCAAUGGGCAAUUUGAGUCGGUGUGUGAAUCAGUGUUUAGCGAAGUUGAAGCUCAGGCAAUGGAUGCCCUUGACCUCCCUGGAUGCUUCCGAACAAGAAGCCACAGUUACCUGCGGGCCAUUCAGGCAGGUUACUCCCAAGAUGAUGAAUGUAUCCCUGCUAUGGGAUCUUCCAACAUCACCUCAACUAUCAGGUCAACAACAGCUGUAACUUAUACAAGUUACAAAAAAACGCCACCACCGGUACCCCCACGUACCACUUCCAAGCCACUCAUCUCAAUUACAGCACAGAGCAGCACAGAAUCCACACAGGAUGCAUAUCAUGAUAGCCGGACUCAGAGGAUUUCCCCAUGGCCUCAAGAUGGUCGAGGGAUGUACAACUCUACAGACAGUUUGGACAGUAACAAGGCCAUGAAUCUUGCCAUGGAAACUGCCGCUGCACAGCGCCAUGCUUCUGAGAGUCAAAUCACUUCAGUACGAACCAGUGACAAGGCCAUUUUAGUGACAAAAGCUGAGGAGUUUCUGAAGAGUCGACGGUCCUCUAUAGGGAUUCAGGUGGAAACGGCAACCGAUUCAGAUACUGAGAGCAGAGGCCUACGGGAAUACCAUUCCGUUGGAGUGCAAGUGGAAGAUGAGAAACGACAUGGACGGUUUAAACGUUCAAAUAGUGUAACUGCAGCUGUUCAGGCUGACCUGGAACUGGAGGGCUUUCCAGGACACAUAACAAUGGAGGACAAGGGACUUCAGUUUGGUUCAUCAUUCCAGAGGCAUUCGGAGCCUAGCACUCCUACCCAGUAUGGUGCAGUAAGAACUGUACGGACACAGGGACUGUUCAGUUACAGAGAAGAUUACAGGACCCAGGUUGACACCUCAAAUCUUCCACCACCAGAACCCUGGCUGGAGCCAGCCAUUGAGACAGUAGAAACUGGUCGGAUGUCCCCAUGUCGACGGGAUGGGUCUUGGUUUAUGAAGUUGCUACAUACUGAAACGAAGAGGAUGGAAGGAUGGUGUAAAGAGAUGGAGAGAGAAGCAGAAGAAAAUGAUCUUUCUGAAGAAAUUCUAGGUAAGAUCCGAAGUGCUGUUGGAAGUGCUCAGCUCCUUAUGUCUCAGAAGUUCCAGCAGUUUUAUUGGCUUUGUCAACAGAACCUGGACCCCAGUGCCAUGCCAAGGCCAACUUCCCAGGACCUAGCAGGAUUCUGGGACUUAUUGCAGCUUUCAAUUGAAGACGUCAGCAUGAAGUUUGAUGAAUUGCACCAGCUGAAACUCAGUGAAUGGAAACUAAUAGAAUCACCUGAAAGGAAGGAAGAAAGGAAGGUUCCUCCUCCAGUACCAAAGAAGCCCCCAAAAGGAAAAUUCCCUAUAACGAGAGAAAAGUCUCUUGACCUACCUGACAGACAACGUCAAGAAGCCAGAAGACGGCUAAUGGCUGCUAAGAGAGCAGCCUCCUUUCGGCAGAAUUCAGCCACAGAGCGGGCAGACAGCAUUGAGAUCUAUAUCCCAGAAGCCCAAACCCGGCUUUAAAGACAGAAUGCUGCAGUGUCCUUUUUUAAAACAAAUGCUGUACAGUUUGUCACUUACCUGGUAAUUUUUGUCUCAUUCUCUCCACUGAAUAUACCCUUGCUGUUGUGUUCUUUGUGCCAUAAGCACAGUGGAAUGCUUUUGAUUUCCUCAGAGUUUGCUGAGCUCAUUGCAAGAACUACUUCUUUUGUAUUUAUUGUCUGACUUACAAUCAGCUACAAUGGAUAGGGCUUGUUGAGACCUGACUUAUCCAAUAUGUUCUCAGAGGACAACAGGAAACACCUCUUGAGAUGGAACCCAGCUUACUUUUUUGUUAUUUAUAUUUUUAUAAAUUGUGUGAUAAUUAGGGAUAAGAAUAACAAACUAUAAAUGGGUGCAUCUCACCAUUCACUAGAGGCAUUAGCUUAUCCAAGUAGAAGGUGCUACAAAUGUGAAGUGCAGGAAAGAAAGAACCCAUUUAUCUCUCUGACCUCCAGUUUCUUUUCCUUGAACCCAGCUAAAAUAUUUGCCCAUGUGCUCUGCCAUUCUACUCAUCUUUGUUACUGCAAAAUAACAUUAGGCCUCUCGUGUCAAGAUUCUGGAGAUGAACAGGAAUAUCCAGCCACUAAAACUCCAAAGUUCAUCAGGAACCAAGAAGCAUACAAGCCUGGUCCUAUUGGGAAUGCCCAGUGAGAAAUGUUUGUCAUAGCAGUAUAACAACAUUCAGAAAUCAAAGCAAAAUUAUAAUGCAAGAGAACUUGCGUGAUGGGGAAAGGAAAGUGGAAGCCUUAAAAAGUUAGAUCUUCUGUAGCAAGAUGUGUAAAGAGAACAGUUAUACUUACUCCUUGGGAACACUCAUUGCAUUUUAACAGUUCUUUUAUGUGUUAACUUUUUAUUUUACCAACCUUCUCUUUUUAAUUUCAAAAGCUAUGCUACAUGUGAUACUUCAAACUCUCAAAAUGCUAUAUCAAUUGAGUUUCCAGGGUAUCCUUGACAAAAAAAUAUUUGCUUGUUUAAAAUGCCAGUCGUGAUGUUGUAACCAGUUUAAGAAAUAUAAAUGUGAGUGGUAAGUAUAUCUAAGUUUAAAUGAUUAUAUUAAGGUAAAGGUGAACUGUGGUUUACAUUUUUUUUUCCAGAAAUCUUUUUCCUAUGCAGUAUCAGUUAAGGCAAGAUUAUCCUCUUGCUUGUGUCAGACUUAAAGAAAUGAUCUGAGAGUAAAGUGACUUCCAGACAUGGAAUAUAAGGAAAGUAAUUUUUUCAAGCCUCUGAUUAUUACAAGAGAAAAAUAGGAACCACUACAAUCAAGAGGCUUUAAAUGUUGAUUUGAAAUAAAUUUAGAUAGUAUUAUUCCACUUCAUUUACCUUCCCAUAGAUAAUUGAGCAUCCCAGCUCUUAGAAGUCUUCAGAUAAAGAUGUAAUAAAAGAUACAGUCCACAGAUCCUGAUACCAGGGUUCUGAUUACUACUCUAGGUCAAAAGACUAUUACAACCAUGACACAGAUAGUCCCAACUAACACAUUUAUUUAUUUUUUUACUGCUUUAACUAUGUACUUAGCCAUAGGCAGAACAGCUACUUAAUUCUACUCCAGCACUUUGGUUUGUUCACCUUGAUGAGCACUUUAAAUUUGUACUUGGCACACCCUGCAUCCUGCCACAUGACUGAGAACAUUAAGUAACACAGGUUACACGGAUCUGACAUUGCUUCAAAUCUGGAUUUAGUUUCUUGGGUUUUUUUUCCUUCUGAGCAUUUUGUUAAGCAUGAGUCCUGGUUUUGGAGCAAAGCUGAUAUAAGCAUGUUUAGCUUCAAGAUAUGAAUCUUUAGAGUUGAAUAGUUGAGAAGUUUCUGUAAGGAGAAAACUCUGUAAAAUGAGCCUGAUAUCUGGUAUAUAUUUUACCAAAUAGCCUUAAACUAUAUUUGGAAGCAAAAACCAAGAUGAAUGUAUAUCCUUCCAAAAACAACAAUGACAAAAAAAACCCUCCCUGAAAUAUUCUUAUAUCAAUGAAAACUUAUUAUACCCUCACCCCCCAGCGUGUUCAAAGUGUUUUCUGUAUACGGAAAGAACUGAAUCCUGGGUAGUGUACAAUAUUGAUGCUGCUUCCUAUAUUUGUUGUACUAUUUGAAAUACAAAUGUAUUUGCAGGUAUUGGCAUCUUUAGUCUUUAAAAGUGAUAUUUAAUGUUAAGUGGAGCUGCGAAUUAGAACUAUCCACAUGAAAAUAAAGCCAGUGUAUUUCCUAGAUGUAGGAAAUUUAAAAUAGACCUAUAUAUAUAUUUAUGGCACCUAUGUGUUUUAUCUAAUUUCCUUGGAUACUUCCAGGCUAAAUCACACUUGUUUUGUUCACUUGAAUAAUCCCACAUAAGACAAUGGGCUCACAUGAUUAAGGCAAACAGCAUUUGACCUGCCAGUAUACAGAAUUUGUAAAGUUGAAUUGUAAAAAUUAGACUAGCUGUUAAGUUUAGAUCCCAGAUUAGGUUAUAAUGUUGACUUGGAGCAGCCAUAAUGGUUUUAAUUACAGAUCAGAUUUUGAUAGAUAUUUUGGGGUAUUUUAUGUUACUGUGUCAUCACUAAAUUGGACUCUAAAUAUCUGGCUAAAACAGACCUGUGUGAGCAAAUCAGACCCUACAUUUUACAAUGUCCAUGCAAUGAUGGCAAUAUGCUCAAUAGGAGGCUUUGGAUAUGUAUGAUUCCCUGUUUGUUCCACCUCUUUUCCAAAGAAGAAGAAUUAAAAGUAAAAUAGAUGCCUACUGCUAAAUCUGAUAAAAUGUUAUCUGUGCGUGUUACAUUUUUAAGUGCAAUAUAUUCAACUUGUUGUGCAGGUAACAUUCUAUCAAUAACGGCAGAUCAUAAGCCAUGUUUACCUAUGUAUUGUACAUCUAAUUAGUUGGAAAAAAUAAAAUUAUGUUUAUAAUACUUGUGUUGAAAGUCAGUCCCACCCAAUCUGCUUGAAUCAUAAGAUACACAGUAUUCAGUAAUUAUCGAUUACAGAGAGGUCAUGUCAAAUCUGGAAAUAGCAUUCAUUUCAUACAUAGGAAAGGAUUACAGGACCAAUGUAGGAGAAAAUUCAGUAACUUACAAUGUUCUAUUAAGAUAAUAGCUGAAUAUCUCUUUUUUAGUGACUUCAUGCUCUACAGAUACUUAGAAAGUAUUUAGGAGUCAAAAUUCUCGUAACGAUAAAAUAUUUCAUUAGCUGGGCCAUUUGUAUACUAGAUCUUAUCCGUAAAGGAUGAAAGACACAGAAAGCCACUAUUUGUUAUUCCGUUGUCCAUAAAACACAAGUAUAAUAAAUAGAAUUCUCAAGAGUAUUAUAUUUGAUGUAGGAACAAGACCUGACCAGUUUAAGGUUUGAUACUUAUUAUACUUAUUUUUUGCUUUGAAUAUUUUUUUAGAUUUAAAGUUCAUUGUAAAUUGCUGAAAUACGUUACAAUGCGUUUUAUUAUUUUUCGACAGCUUCGAUCAGAAUGGCCCUUGGCAAUGUGUAAAAACUGAAAAUGUUGUACAGUUUAAUACCAAAAAUUACAUUUUAGUUCAUGCUUAAACUUUGUCACUGUAUGUUAAAUUUGAGGUCAAUUAGAAAAGAAUUGAAGCAUAAAUAGGAAGAUGUGUGGCUUUCUUACAUAUAAUGCACUUCAUAUAACACAAGUUAUUUUUUUAAAAUCAUAAAUCCUGCUGUAUCAGUAAAUCGGUGCCCUAAUUUUCACUAAUUUAACACUGGUGAUUCUACAAAUUGGGGAAACUUCCACUCAGCUGGUGAUGUUGAAAGGGAUAGAAUUUACUACUAAGAGACUGGGCCACAAAUGUAGUUUAGGCCACAAAUGUACCUGGAAUCUCUCCGAAUCCUUCUUUAACUUGUGCUUCUCAACAGUCUCUCUUUCUUCCUGGGCUUCUUUAUUCAUUCCUCUCUCACAAAACACAUUAUCCAGUUCUAGUGCUCAUCGCUGAUUCUUCUGAAGGUAAACUUUGUGUUAGGUCCCUGUGCUCUUUUAUUCCAGUACAUGUUUAGUCUACUUGGUAGCUAUGUUAGCAAGCUAAGGACCAGAUUCAUCUCAGUCAUUUGGAUGCAGCACAUUCUGAGACAAAUUCUGUUCCUGUUUACACCUGUACUACAGCAUUAACGUCAGUGGAGGAGGCUAGAGCUUGGCCUGUCUGACUGCAUUGUGUGUUGUGCAUGUUAAUCUGAAGGCUGAAUUUAUCCCAUAGGAAAAAUAGGUACAGCUGCCUUUUUUAGAAUUGUAUAAAAGCAUAAAGUCUGCUGUGAGGGGGCUUUAGAAAUGCUGAUUGAUAGCUGAGUUAAAAUGCUCAGCAGUAGUCAGUUAUUCCUCUGCACUGCUUUCAGAGCAAAUCACUAGACAAUGCUGUCACACGUAAAUUAAAAUUCAGGUGACAAAUAUCAGUAAAUCCUUUAAUAUUCAGAGUGGUGCUUCCCCAGUGUAUGGGAGGUCAACACUUACAUUUAUAUAGUGCCUUUCAUCCAGAAGGAUUUCAAAGCACUUUACUAGCUGAUUUGCAAAGGGUGGGCAAAAUUCUGGCUCAUGCAGGGAAAAUGGUUUAACUGGUAUAGGGCUAGAUCAUGUCCUCAUUCCCUGCACACAAAAAGGGUGUUUUAUAAUCCCCUCAGAACCUUAUGGAGGCCACUUUGCAUAGUCCACGGUCUGGGCUGGAGGAGGAAGAGGUAAAAAUUGGAUGGUCCAAGAGAAAGGAAUAACCCUAAUAGGGGUGGGGAGGCAAUGCACAUGGUCAUCCUUCAAGAAAUUAGGCAGAAGAGAGAGUGCAUCCUCAGGUUAUGGCAGCUUUUCAGAAAUAGCCUUUGCCUCUCCUCCAUACUUGAUGGUCUUUAGAGCCACUGUGGCCAAGGGAAGGUCUAUUAGGAGCUAGUCUACCAGGGAACUGGAUAAUGAUUCACAAAGGAGCCACAACCAGUGCUGAAGGCACAGAGUGUGUAAGUAGUACAGGUUUGCCAGGUUUUUCUGUCUUGCCUCUCAGUCUUUUCCACUGAGGCAACCCAUCCCUCUCCCCCAUGGGAUGAUAUGGAGGAAUCUCCAUUAGGGAUCUUCAGCAGAUAUCUCCCCCACCAGAAUUCCUUCCUAUAGGUUUUUUAAGCAAAGGAUGAUCUGGAUUAUCUGCUGCAAAAAGCAAACCAUGUAUGCCUGUAUUAUAGGAGAAACUCGCUCUAUUUGCUGCCUGCUUGUGGACUGUAGGAAGGCCACAAGUAGAAAUAAAAAGGAAUAAAAUAUUCUGAAAUUGUGUGUAGGGAGCAGGCAAUUGCCCGUGUGUGGACCAUGUGCUUUGAUUUCACCUUUUAUGACCCUAACAGUUCAUUUUAUGAAAGAUUGAUAAGGCAACCUCUAUGCAAUAUUUGGGGGCAGGCAGAUUAGGGGCAGCCAUCAUCCAUCAUAAGUGACAGGUGUAUUUUUGUGGCAUGCUUAUGUCCACACCCAAAUUCCUAGCUAGAAUUAAGUUCUCUAGAAGCAUAGGAAUCACUUAAUCCAUCACUGACAUGCAUCCAUUUCUGAGGUGACAUACAGCAGCGGAAACACUACAUAAAAGUAUGUUCAAGACACUGUGUAAAAGUGAAAGUUAAAGGGUACUUGCCCAAAAUUCAAGUAUCAGAGGGGUAGUCAUGUUAGUCUGGAUCUGUAAAAGCAGCAAAGAGUC